AUGGAGGACUGGUUAAAUUCAUGUCAUUCUGAACCGUUCACAUGUGGGCACUUUGUUCACUUAUCCAAGUCUUACGAGUUCGUUUCAGUUAUCAACCCUUCGUUUUCAGUUAUUUCGUUUCCAACUAUACAAUUCAAGUUGUCCGACAUAGGUGAAGGAAUUGCUGAAGUCCAAAUUAAGGAGUGGUAUGUAAAGGUUGGUGACAAAAUAUCCCAGUUUGACAACUUAUGUGAGGUGCAGAGCGAUAAAGCUGCCGUUACUAUAACUAGUCGAUACGAUGGUGUCAUCAAAAAGCUACUCUAUAAUGUUGAUGACAUGGCUCGAGUAGGUCAACCUUUAGUUGAGAUUGACGUGGAGGAUGGAUCGAAAGCUUCAACGCUGUCUACAUCCACUGCUGUACCACCUACUUCAACAGCCGGAAGCUCCAUAGUUCAGUUCAAACUCACCGAUAUUGGUGAAGGCAUUGCCGAAGUGCAAAUAAAAGAAUGGCAAGUAUCGGAGUUUGAUAGUUUAUGCGAGGUCCAAAGUGAUAAGGCUGCAGUGACCAUAACUAGUCGGUACGAAGAGCUUUCCAAGCUGUUACAACCAUCAGCAGGGCCCAGUACAUCCGAAUCUCUUGGUCAUAUUGCUUCUGGAAAGGUACUUGCCACACCAGCAGUUCGAAGAGUUGCAAUGGAAAACAAGGUGAAAGGAAGUGGCAAAGAUGGGCGUGUAUUGAAAGAGGAUGUGCUUAAAUUCCUUGGUCAAGUCAAAGAAGGUACUUUUUCUAUAUUUACUGAAGUGAUCAUGUUAGUUUCAGAUUACUCAGUAAUCUCCACCCAUCUGUCUCCUUUGAGUGAAGAUCGUGUAGUUCCUUUGCGCGGUUACACUCGAACUAUGAUCAAAACGAUGAUAGAAGCGCUAAAAAUUCCCCAUUUCGGAUACGAUGAUGAGGUUCAUGCUGACGCACUUAUGGAGAUUCGUAACGAAUUGCAAGAAUUUGCAAAGGAGCGAGGAAUUAAAUUCAGUUUUAUGCCAUUUUUCAUUAAAGCUGCAUCGUUGGCACUUACAGAGUUUCCAUCAAUAAAUGCGUCAAUUGAUGACAAGUUCGAAAACAUUAUUUAUAAGGCAUCGCACAAUAUUUGUCUAGCUAUGGAUACUCCUGGUGGUUUGGUUGUGCCGAACAUCAAGCAUUGCGAGCAGAGAUCUAUUUUUGAAAUAGCUUCCGAACUCAAUCGGCUGCAUGAGGAUGGUAAGCGUGAGAAAAUCGCACGUGAAGAUCUCAUGGAUGGCACUUUCACCAUCAGUAACAUUGGAAGUAUUGGUGGGACGUAUGCGAGCCCGGUUAUUUUUCCUCCACAGGUAGCAAUUGGAGCAUUGGGCAGAAUUCAAAAGCUGCCGCGCUAUGACAGUAACGAUAACCUCGUGCCAAUGCAUAUAUUCAAAGUUUCUUGGGCUGCGGACCACCGUGUCGUAGACGGUGCCACUAUUGCGCGCUUCAGCAACCGGUGGAAAUACUACUUGGAACACCCAUCAGCUAUGCUCACACUGCUGAAGUGA